AUGGCGCGCAGCCUCGCUGUCGCGGCGUUGAUCGCCGUCGCCGGCGGCCUUGCCUUUGUGCCCGGCGCCAUUCCCCGUGGCACCACAGCGCCGCCAAGCCGGGCACUGCAGGCCGCACCCGCGGCUGAGAGCAGCUGGGGCUCGCUGCCGACUCUGGUCGGAGGCAUGGCCCUGGGUGUCUUCUUCUCCCUGGCCACCCUGGCGCCCGUGCGGGCAGAAGAGGCACCAGCCACCCCAGCACCCACGCCGGCAGAACAGGCGCCAACCCCAGCUCCAGGACCCAGUGACGAGGAGAUCCUGGCAAAGGGCUGCGACAUCAGGGUGGACUGCACCACCAAGGAGCAGCAGUUUGCCUGGGCCAAGGCCUACUACAGGAAGUACAACCAGGAGACUGACGGCAAGGACCCCAAGUACUCCAAGCCCAGCACUGGUGCAGGCGUCUUCCGCAAGUUCAAGAUUGACUGGCCCAACCCGGACCCCAGCAUCCCUGACACCACUGAUGGCACCUACCCGAUCCGCAACGAAGACUUCCUGCCCAUCUGGAAGCAGCAGCAGGAGGAUCUCAGGGCGAAGAUGAAGGAGUACAUUGGCCGGGAGUUCACUGAGAUCCGCUGGAUUGAGGACUAUGACAAUGCAGGAAGCCCCUACAAGCCCCACAACGGCUACUACUGA